CGUUAUUGAUCAAAUAACGCGAUCGUUUCUAAAGUUUUUUUUAUUAAAAAAAAACGUUACUGAGUGAAAUAAAACGUAGUGACUUGAAAUAUAAUGACUCUAGUUUAAUUUUAGUGAUAAAAAUUAUGUAUUUAGUGUAAAAAUGUGAUUAUAACGUACAGUGAAAUUUAGUGUUACGUUUAGUGCUAAAGAAUGCAGAUGAAGACACGAAUGAUGCUUCUAAUAAAGAUAUAAAAACCGGACAAUGACUCACUAACUCAAAGAGCAAACAAACAGUAAAACUGCAACUAUUUUGAGAUCGCGCGCGCAUAAAACGAACCAAUAAACAAGAUGGCGGGCAACCGGCACGCGACUCCGUUUAUAAAUCACAAACUGUUUAUUUGUGUUGCCGUCUCGCUCUUGCUGCCGAUGGCGAAUGAGGGCGCGCCGGGAUUGGGCGGCGACGCCCGAAGUUUCACGAGCGAUGACGGAAAGAGGUUGACACGCGAGUACCAUUUGCGGCAGGGUGCUUUGAGAGGGUUAAUAGUAAAGCCGAGCCGCCAUUAUGAUUUGCAGCCUGUGGAGAUGUUUCUGGGCAUACCGUAUGCUGCUCCUCCUACAGGCCAUUUGAGAUUUAUGCCACCAGUGAACGCACCCCCUUGGCCAGGGGUGAAGAUGGCGACGCACUUCGAGCCCGUCUGCCCACAGGCUCUCCCCUCCAUAAAAAAGGGGGACCCACCGACGUGGGAGCGGCAGCACUACAUGACAAAGCUGAAGGCAUUCCUCAAGAACGAGUCAGAGGAUUGCUUGUAUUUGAACAUCUACGUGCCUUAUAGAGAUCAAAAGUCCAAGAAGUUUCCAGUCCUGGUGUUCAUCCACGGAGACUCCUUCGAGUGGAGCUCAGGGAACCCGUACGAUGGGAAGAUUCUAGCAUCCUACGGGAACAUCAUGGUCAUCACCCUCAACUUCAGAUUGGGGAUAUUGGGUUUCUUGAAGCCAAGUCUGACAGAACAUUUCGACGGUAACAACGGUCUGUUAGACCAGCUGGCGGCGCUGCAGUGGAUCAAGGACAACAUCGAGGACCUGAACGGAGACCCCAACUCUGUCACGUUGAUGGGGCACGGCACUGGUGCGGCGUGUGUCAGUUAUUUGAUGCUGUCUCCUAUAUCUAAUGGUCUCUUCCACCGAGCGAUCCUUAUGUCCGGUUCAGCUCUGUCCGACUGGGCCAUGACCAAAGACCCGACCCAGUACACGCUGCAAGUGGCCCAGAGCCUGGACUGCAACCCAUCAUCCAAGGACAUGAUGACUUGCCUCCAGAAGAAACCGCUCUCAGAAAUAAAGAAGGUGCAAAUACUCGCGCGGGAGUUUGAGACUCCAUUGGGCCCGACGGUGGCCGGGUCUUUCAUCCCAAGCGAGCCUGCCAGAACGAUGGAGUCAUUCCCCAAUUUGCUAAGCAAAUACCAAUUGCUAAGCGGAGUGACAGAACUAGAGACGUACCACGACUUCGGAGUAUUAGAGCUGGGACAGGGCGUGCUUGACACUCAGAGGGAUGAGUUCAUCAUCAAGUACGCAAAGGUCGUAUUGGAGGGGGCAGAGGAAGAAGCAUUGAAGGAAGUUUUGAAACAGUACGCUCCAUCGAAACUUGAUCCCCAAAGAUGGAGCGUGGAGACCAACCGUGACGUCAUCCUGAACAUCUUCAGCGACGCUAGAACCAUAUCUCCCACCAUCAGCUUCGCCAACUACCAGUCCAAGUCCAACAGGCAGUCGUACUUCUACGUGUUUGGACAUAACUCUGUUAGCACCGAUUAUGCUCAACUAAACAAAAGCGUCCACGGGCAAGAGAUGCCUUAUGUCCUGGGAGUGCCACUAGGAGGCGCCACCACCCACUUCCCGUCGGUGUACACCCAAAGCGAGAAACUGCUGAGCGAAGUCGUAAUGAGGCUGUGGACCAACUUCGUUAAAAUCGGGACACCAAACACUCAGAGUGUAAACAAAUAUUUCACAGCAGAUAAGGAGCAGUGGAACCAAUAUAAUGUGGAGUGGCCCGAGUAUGACGUUGCUCACCAGUCAUACUUAAAACUAGAUAUCCCGCCCCACAUAAGCAGUUUAUACAGAUCAAACUACACGAGUUUUUGGACGGAGGUCCUUCCUAAGAAGAUGAGGGGAUACGUUGUGGAUCCACUAUUUGAUUACACGCCCACCUCCUCUACUCCGCGACCUAAACCAACACACCGGGCCACGAGCAACUAUGCGAUCAGACAAUCAUGGCCAAGGCCGGGACCAGCAGUAGAGAGACCCACAUUCAGCGCACCAUACGGAACAGUCCACUCGUACUCUGCCCCUGUUCAUAGGCAGACAGACACUGACUCUAUUUACCGACAAAUCCAGUUACUAUCAACACCACACAGGCCACCACCUCCUCCGAACAUAAUAGAGGAAAUAGAAAAGAAAUCAAUACGCACAUCAACUGAAAAACAAAAGAAUAACGCAAAUAACUUGCCUGUAAAGAUAUCAAGCGCUACUAUUACUCUUGUCAUCUCUCUGGCUGUUUUAUUCAUAAUACUGAAUAUCGGUAUUUGCUCAAUAGUGUACAUAAAAAGACGUAAUAUACGAUCCAUGCGUAAUAUGGUUGAAAUCAGUGGUGCUCAUUCUCGCGCAGAUGUUGGUGAAGUUGAUGUCAUUGGCCAAAAAAGUUCAAAAGAUGACAAAAGCGCUUUGCAAACACUCAAAAAUAGUUGCAGCGUUAUCAAGUCAAUGAGUUUUAGUAAAAUUAAAAACAACAGCAAAAAGACGAAGAAGAAAAGUGAACCCUGUAAAACGCCAAAAUCAGACGACUCCGGAGGUUUUCGAGAACGAUUUCAACUCAGAAGGCAUUUAUCAACGAGCACGUUAGAUGCUCACACAAAAGUAAGGGACUGGAUAGCUAAUGAAGUCAUGCAUCGCUGCUCUCCAGGUAUUCUUAGAAAAUCUAAUUCUGAUUUGAAUACUGACAAGCAACUGAGCUUACCUAAACCCUUUACGAGAUCGGAAGAAUUAUUAUCCGAUACAAAGAAAAUUAAAAAAGAUACAUUAAAAGUAAGUGAUGCUAAGGCUGUACUUGAAAAAACUGGGAAAACACGUACGUCUGAAAAAACUACAUCAACUUCGGCACUUGGUUCUCAUUCGUCUUUGAGCAGCAAUAAACAUUCAUUAUCAAGUACCAAACAUCCUAAAAAAUCUACUGAUUCUUUAAAAAGUAAAGGCACUGAUAGUGUCAAGUCUAAAAAGGUUUCAGUGGCUAUUGAUGCCACACCAGCUGCACGAACAAACUCUAUACUAAAACAAGAACCCAUAGAAAUUUCAAAGUCGUUGGACUAUGAAGAAAUCAAACAUUCCAACAAAGAUAGAAAACUGGAACGAUCCAAAACCGAUGGAGAAAUUCAAACUGAUCUCGAUAUAACUAAGUUCACUCUUCCAAAGUCUGACGACAAAAGCCCAACUUUCAAAAACGUAGUAACGUUAUCUGUAGGGCAAAGUGUGCCUUUGAAAAUAUCUCACAAACAUUCCUCAUCAGAUCCAGUAACUGAUGUCAAUUACGAAAAAUUGAUGAAAGAUCAAAUGGAAAGCGGCACACAAGUAAUCAACAUACUACCACCAGUGACAUUUAGAAAUGAUAUAAACGUCACAUCCCGUGACGAAAGUGUUCAAAUAGAACCCAUGAGUGCGGAAGAAGCGUUGUGGACUAUAAAAAAGCGCAACUUUCCAAAAGUUCUUCCAGAUUUACCCAAGGCGCAAAAAAGAUUGUCUUUACAGCCAGGAGCUUUACAAACGUUCAGGAAUAUGGGUAGUGCUGAUUAUGAUCGUCUUAAAGUUCCACCACAGCCACCUCCUAGAACCACUACGUUAGAUCGACGACUUGCUUACAAAAAUACUAAACCGCUAUCAUCAUUUGAUAGUGGAAACCACAAGAAGAUAACUGAGGUAGAUACGAGUGCACCUAAGAAUUAUGAAAAUAUAGAUACGUUGUCACCGUAUACCAACACAGUAUUUAGCAGGUCAUUUGAAAAACCUUCGAGUUUUGAUACAGUAGAUUCAACAGCAAUAACAAAAGAGAGAGAAUUCCCUAAGCUAAUAAUUGCAUCGUCAUCUGCUCCAGAGUCAAACAUAAUCAUUAAACCAUCACCAAGUCAAACCGAAAUUCCCACGAAUGUACCCCGUAUUAAAUUACCCGACGAUUUUCACUCACAAACGACUGGCUCAAUUACUUCAUUUUCAUCGUUUUAUUCCGAUGACGAUGAUCAAGAUGAAGACAUCGACGAAGAAAACAUUGACGAACUAUUUGAAGACAAACUUAUACAAGAACUUGUUGGUGGGGUUGAAUCACCAACAGAUACUAUGCUAGACUCCAAAGGACCAGUAACUGCAUUUGAAAGGAAGCUAGAAAUAGUGCCAGUGAAAAUAAAUCCUGGUCACAUAGCACCAAAAAACAAAGAAGAUUACAUUUGCAUUUCAGACUUGCAUCUACCAGAUGUAAGUGAUUUAGAAAAGACUGCUCAAAUAAAACCAAACUUUGGACUGAAUAAACUACAGCACAGAACAGAAAGUAUACACAGACCUCCAGAGAAGGCAGUCAAACUAAAACAGAAGAGUAAUUCCUUUUUGAAGAGAAGUAGGAAAGACCGAAGAAGAAGCGAUAAAAGUAAAAGCAGCAGUAGUGGUAGUAACUUAGAACAUUCAAAUUCUGGUUCAUCGAAUGACACAGAAACGAGCACUGGAACGGUUAAAAAGGUUGAAAUAAAGAAAGAUAGUUAAGCUUUAAGAUCUUAGAAUAAUGCUUCAUCAUAACGUACAUUAUUAUGUGAAUAAUUUUAUAAGAAUACUUCACCUUUUAUUGACCAAAUACACCACUAGAUUUGGUUA